UGGAAUUAGCGAAAUUUUGUCGAUAGAAUUUUCAGAGAAUUUGACGUUCCUAAAUCUAAAUUACUGAAAUUAAAACACAACAAACAUACUCGGCGAAUCCGACUAUAAUGAAUCAUUUGAAAUGGAUGGGCCAUUCGGCAACAAUAUUUGAUAUACAAAGAAAUCUUCGCAAUGAUCCUCAAAGCUGUGAAGUGACACUGGUAGCCAAAGGUCAUUCAGUGCGGGCCCAUCGGUUUGUCCUAUCGUCAUGUUCAGACUUGCUGCGCAAUCUAUUGGUGGAUGUGCCAAUGGGUCAGGAAGCAACAAUUGUGGUGCCAGAUAUAAAAGGAUCUCUGCUCGACAGUGUAUUAGCUUUUAUAUACAUUGGCGAAACAAGCCUCACAUCGACCAAUUUGUCUGAGUUCUUGGAAGCUAUAAAUACUUUGGGUAUCAAGUCAGCAAUAAGUUUUGAGUGCAACAAUGCGACGUUAUCCGGUGGUGUCCAGACAACAGAGGCAGUAAAGACUCUAAGCAAUAUACAAAUUGCACAAGAAGAGCUUAUUGAACAACAAGAAAAUAUUGCUGUCGAGAAAAUCGAGACACAAAAUGUAAUACAACAUGAAAGAGAGCUGGAAUUUUUGGAUGUCUAUAACGAAGCUCAACAUAGCAAAAUUACUUACUCCAUCGAACACAUGCCUGUUGCCAGUGCAGCAAAUGAAUAUAUAUUAACUGAAAAUUCUGGAACUUUUACCUUAACCCAAAAUAAUAAACUAGAAAAUGGCUCCAAUUCUGAUACCGAAAAACUUGUUGAAAUGGAUGAUACAGCAGAAGAGGGUCACAUCAUAGAGGAAUACAGUAGUAAUAGUACAGAUCCUAUAAUUGAAAUUACUACAAAUACUGCAACAACGAGCACUCCAAAAGUGACUGCCACAACAACAACUACUACGCAAGUGCCACAACCACUAAUUCAAAUAAAACCAACGCCAAAAAUUAAAACUAUCAAAAUUAAAUCGCAAUCCACUUCAGACACCGAUCAAAUACACCAAUCAAUGUUUACCACACUUGACCCCACCGCAGAUCCCAUUUCAGUAUUAAAGACUGAUGAUAAUUUUACCACAUUGAACGCCGCACCUGGUACUCAAGAAGAUGCUCUUUUUUAUGCUGUUCAGGCAGUAAUAAAUGAAGGUAUGAGCUUACAGAAGGCUGCACUGAAAUAUGAUUUAUCGAAAACGGUACUUUGGCGGAGAGUGCGCAAACACCCCAAUUAUAUGAAAACAACCCGUGAAAACCCUGUUCUGACCAUGGCCUACGAACGAUUAAAAGGUGGCGACUCUUUGAAAAAUAUCAGUCGCGAGUUAGAUAUACCCAUGUCUACACUACAUAGACAUAAAGUACGUUUGGCACAGCAAGGACGUUUACCAGAUUAUGUUUCUUUUAAGAAACGUGAUGUUAACUCGAAAAUUGAACUAAAAGAUAAAUUAACUAAAGCAUUGCAUGCUUGUGUACAUGAAGGGAUGUCGCAAAAUCAUGCGGCAAAUUUAUUUGAUAUACCGAAAAGCACUCUAUGGCGUCAUCUUCAAAAGCGUGUAGCUGAAGCAGAACUUUCACAGAAACUUGAACUAGGCCACAUAAAAGAGGAAGUAAUAUUAUCUUAAAACCAGUAUUUAUAAUUAGUUUGAUACACAUAUGUAGAUUUAUUUCUAAUAUACACACUGACAGUGUUAA